UGCCAAACCCAAAUCAUGCCGGUCGGCGCAGCCGCCGCGUUUUUGCACUAUACUGCCGACUGCCGCAUCACGUGGGCGCAUUACUUAGAGUGACUCUUUUAUUCUUUGCGUGCCAAUUUCAGCAAACUCAGCGCAACAUGUUUACCCAGUAAUUACCUAGUUUUGAAGAGUAGGAGAAGCGUAAAAGACAGAAACCACCGGGAUUCCUGCGUUUAGACUUGUAUAAUUGCGGAGUUUUAUGGUGCGGCAUGCUCAUUCGGACGAGGUGUUCGUUGUUUUUGCACACUCCUGUUUGGACCGAUGUUUAUGCUUCGCUUAAAAGGAACACAAAACGGAUUUCUAAAGAGUAUGCAACGUACGUUGGAAGUCGGUGCUGAAGAGAGUCCCAGCUACUUCCCGUCGCCAGCGAUGUGUUCAACAAAAUGCAUGGUAUUUACCGAGCAAGCUUCCCAAUAACACCGUUUGCGUUCAUGACGAAGUGCAGGGAGGACUGCUGCGAAACCUUUUUAGCUAUCCACGCAGUCCCGGACUCCGACGAUGACCUGGACGAUCAGCCGCUAAUGGAGACGCUGAUCUCUAAUCGUUAGGACGAUCUGCGCUUUAACGCGUCCCGUCAACGCGUCGAUUUCCCGAGUACUACUCACUCAGACAGUAAGGGAUGUGGGGAUUUCGGAAAAGAAGACUAUUUGGUUUUAUUUAUGCACCAAUCAUCGUAGCAUUUGUGUGUUGUGCUCAGAGCGCCAACGAACCAGGGAAUAUGUCUUUUGUAAAGGAGACAGUCGACAAACUGUUAAAAGGAUACGAUAUUCGUCUUCGACCAGACUUUGGGGGUGCCCCGGUUGCUGUUGGCAUGAGCAUAGACGUAGCAAGUAUAGACAUGGUCUCAGAAGUCAAUAUGGACUACACGCUGACCAUGUACUUCCAGCAGUAUUGGAGGGACAAGCGGCUGGCCUAUUCAGGCAUCCCACUUAACCUGACGCUGGACAACCGUGUGGCGGAUCAGCUCUGGGUCCCCGACACGUACUUCCUGAACGACAAGAAGUCCUUCGUUCACGGCGUGACGGUGAAGAACCGCAUGAUCCGGCUGCACCCAGACGGCACCGUGCUCUAUGGUUUGAGGAUCACCACCACGGCCGCUUGCAUGAUGGACCUGAGACGGUACCCCCUGGAUGAACAGAACUGCACACUGGAAAUCGAGAGCUAUGGGUACACUACGGAUGAUAUCGAAUUCUACUGGAAGGGCGGAGAAGGCGCCGUGACAGGGGUGGCGAGAAUCGAGUUGCCACAGUUCUCGAUUGUGGAUUACAAGCUGGUCUCCAGAAACGUCGUCUUUUCCACAGGUGCCUACCCACGUCUGUCACUGAGCUUCAAGCUGAAAAGGAACAUCGGCUACUUCAUCCUCCAGACAUACAUGCCCUCCAUUUUGAUCACCAUCCUGUCGUGGGUGUCGUUCUGGAUCAAUUACGAUGCCUCUGCUGCCAGAGUGGCUUUGGGAAUCACCACGGUGCUCACCAUGACGACCAUCAACACCCAUCUGCGGGAGACGCUACCCAAGAUCCCGUACGUCAAGGCCAUUGACAUGUACCUGAUGGGCUGCUUCGUCUUCGUCUUCCUUGCCCUGCUGGAGUACGCCUUCGUCAACUACAUCUUCUUCGGGAGAGGGCCUCAGAUGCAGAAGAAGCUGGCAGAGAAGGCUGAGAAGGCCAACAACGACCGGAGCAAAUACGACAGAAACAAGUCUGUUCUGGAAGGAGCCAAUUGCAACCCAGCAUCUGUUAAACAGUCCAAUCAGGUACAAGGCUGUCGGCCGGGGGCGGUCGACGCCCACGGGAACAUCCUGCUGACCACCUUGGAAAUCCACAACGAGGUCGCCGGCCACCAGGGGGCUCCCAGCCCCACGGAGGGCAGGAACUCGCUGACGGCGGCAGCGGCGCCAUCCGAUGGCUCAAACGUGCAGUACAGAAAAGCGGGGGCACCGCGGCAGGGCCUGGAGCGCAACGCACAGCUGAAGAAGCCGCGACUGCGCAGGAGAUCCUCGCAGCUCAAGAUCAAGAUCCCCGACCUGACGGACGUGAAUGCCAUCGACCGCUGGUCGCGGAUAAUAUUCCCAGCCGCAUUCUCUCUCUUCAACCUGAUCUAUUGGCUCUACUACGUGAACUAGAUGGUGGCUCGGGCCUCUCCGGGGCCUCUUGGGGGCCCCUCCGACUCGCCGCUCCUCUAAGAGACUGCGAGGGAUGCGUUCCCCUCACUUUUUAUCAACACUUUUUUACUCGUAACAGGAUUUCUGUGGACUGAAAAAAAAAGAUUUUGUAAAGAACUGGCAUUUACUGAGCGAGGGGCUCUGAAUACUUGUAAGCAGCUACAGGGAAUGUGCACUGCACGCGAAAGCUGCCUUCCUCUGCACUGCAGAUACCAUGUGCUGUUAUCCACAGUGCUCACUGAACAAGUCUUACUUUUACAACAAAUGACAGAACAGCAUAACUAAGAUGGACCUGUAAAUAACUGGAGUCCAGGAGGGCAAUGCAUAGAAAUGUGGGCUUAAGUAUGAAUAUAUGGUUAAAUUGAGUGGCCCUUUAUAUAUUUACUUUCCCACUAAGGUGAUAAGACUGUAUUUAUGCAAAUGAACACAAUUUAUUGUAGAUAGCUUUUUUGAAACGCUUAUAAAUACGAUUUUCUGCAUUUAUAUCACAUGUAUACAUAUUUAUGUGCUAUAUGCUUUUUAUGGGGCAAACUACUCUCCAUUUAUGUUGCAAGCCACUGCAGUAUUUUUGCUUUCUGUGGUGUUACAGCACAUAUACCGUAAUGUUCUGGGCGGGUAUAAGAUUUAUAGGCAGUACCUUUGGCUUGGAUGAAUGUAUUUGUGCUUUAACGUAACCCUCCAGUCUGCGGACGCAAGAUGGAUUGAUGGACCAGUCCCGUCUAACGGCAUGAAACAUUUCCCGCUCUUACGGUUUCUAUUCUCCUUGUUCGAUGGUACAGAAAAGCAUGGAAGAUUUCUGUCCUCAGUUGAGCUAGUUUUAUAGUGAAACUGGCCGGGAUUUGAUAAGUUAUUUACCACGGUAGGUUUCCUUUCUCCCUUCUUUCGGCCAUUAGCCUCCCCUGGAUAACUGGUGUGUAAAAGCUUACAUCACCCUCUAUAUCUGGCAUAAGGUAUGAACCGCAUGUGAUCUAACGGCGCCUCAUUUUUCUAUUCAGUGCCCCCCCCACCCCCAUCCCGUCCCGCCUCAGCAGCGCUGUACAUAGCAUGUCAUAUUUACAUGAAAUAUUAACAUAUAAGCUCUAUAAUAUGUUCAGAGAAUUUCAACUGAAAGCACAGAUUGCUGUGCAUAUUCUGUAUGUACGCUUGUCACGUUUACCCACUUUAUUUAUUUGUUUGUUUACUUGUUUAUUUGUUUUUAGAUAAGUCGUUAUGUACCAUCGACAUCUUCUCUGUUAUUACUUUUGUGAUACGGUGUUUGAUUCCACUGCAAGAUCCUUUUCUCGCGUAUAAUUGCAAUCACUUUCAAAGGUGUAGUUCACAUACUUAUGGAUACUGUUCUGCUUAUUAUAUCAGACAAAUAUGGGAAUUUAAUCCAAGAGUGGAACUAAUGUAUUUUUGUCAGCCUGCCUUUUAUUUGUCAGUCCCAGUAUGGUGACCUGUGUCUUUCCAACAUACAGGAAGCUCUGUGUUGUUCUUCUCUCCAAACUGCUAACCGACGCCAGCAUUGUAACCUGCUUAUAUACACUUUUUUGCAUUGCUUUUCCUGAAUGUAUUAUUUACAUGAACUAAUACUUGUGUUAAUUUAGCUGAUGUCACAGAGACCCCCCCCCCCCGCCGCCCACCCGAACCUGUCAUACCGUUCGUGCCCGUCCACAAUUCACAAAGAAAAAAAAAUUAAAUUACAUGAUUGAUUUUGAGUGAUCGAGACCCCCACUCCGAAGCUCACUGUGCAGAGUGUGGGAACAGCCGUUAUUAUCAGGAACGAUAAGUGACACUUUUCAGGGAUUUCCGAACACCUAGACAUACUGUAAUUCCCAAAUUAGUGUCCUCUCAGGCAGAACAUGGGGCACAGAAAGAGGAAGGGGGCCGCAAAGUCUUGUCUGUUGGCUUUUGGCAAAUUCAGAUGUAACCUUCAUUUCUCUUCUAAUUAGUCAAAGCCUGGCCAACUUACAAUGCAGGUUUUUUGCCUCACAAUGCAUGUUGCAUUUUGGCUGAAGCUGUCAAAGACGCAACAUUAAAUAUACAGUCUAAAAAUACAGCCGAUUGGUACAUAUCGAACAGUCAGUGAGUAAUUGGUAUCUUUAACCUCACCUAAAAAUCACAUUUUUGUUUUAAAAAAAUCGUAAAUAUAAUUCAGGCGUUUAUUAAUAAAGUUUUAUUGGUUUGCAUUAAAUUAUUUGCAGGUAAUUUUUGUUCGUCCCUGCAUUCUUAAUGAUGCGGCAUGUCUGGGCGGCCGAAAGGGAAGGGGCUGAGAAUGGACGUUCUUCUUUGGAUCUGGUACCUGAGGAGACCCAUCAAAACCAGUGGGAGCUGGGUUAGCAAACACACAUGGUAUGUGUCAGCGAUGUGGUCCAGGGACCCGAGGCCUGCAGCUGGAUUUGGCCAGGGUACGUCUGGACGCUACUGGGGGGCGCUGACCAUUAAUUAAGACCUAGGAGAGUGAAGACUCCCUGCCCGUAAACUGUCAGUGUUAUAUUUACACCCAUCAGGAGUCACAUAAACACGGUCAGUGUUUAACUGCUGUUCUUUGUUUCAAUUAAAUCAUUAAAUGCAAAAUUAAAUGCAAAUCCAUAUUCUCCUUUAAAGCCCCUUCUCUGCAUUUCUCCAUUUUCUGGUAGUUUGUGUGUUAUAAUGUUACGUGUUAUAAUGGGUGAAUCGGAGCAGACUCAGAGUGUCUUAUAAUCUUUGGUGUUUUCCCCUGCUGCCCCAGUCACCUCUUUGUCGUGGCUUUUAUGUCCGACCUGACAGUUACACGGGGGAUCGGCCGACCAGGACAGGUGUGUGCUGCAUUCGCUGAUGUGCUUCUUCAUUUGUUGUUCUUCUCUUGUGUCAUGAAGCUGGCAUGAGGGUGUGUGGAAAACGAGGCGAAAGAUGCAUAGCCUGUGCCGCGUUUAAGACCGGGCACGCCGCCUCCGAUCCGAGGUGCUCUGGGCCUCCAUAAAUCUCAGACUGUGGCGGCCUGAUGGAUCCCAGCCCACGUGGCGCCUGCCAGCAGCGGAACAGUCACACUCUGAAGCGGCCAUGACCUAGAAUCAUGGCAGAAUUCUCACCGCUGACCUUGAGACAAGAACAGAUCUAGCUGGAGUCAACCACACGCGCUUAAGAGAACAAAUAACCGCGGUAAUCAGGUGCACCCCAGAUACUGGUUACGAGGCCGACUUCCGUGUGGUUCAGACGAACCCCCCUGUAUUCAGUGCUUAUUGGACAAUAAAUCAAGGUGCAAAAUGUCUACAA